AGUCGGGAGCACGAGAGCGGUGGAGGCGGAUUUCCUGGGCCCGGCUCGGUGGGGCUACUAUGGCGUUUGGGAAGAGUCACCGGGAUCCCUAUGCGACCUCCGUGGGCCACCUCAUAGAAAAGGCUACAUUUGCUGGAGUUCAGACUGAAGAUUGGGGCCAGUUUAUGCACAUCUGUGACAUAAUUAACACUACCCACGAUGGGCCAAAAGAUGCAGUAAAAGCUUUGAAGAAAAGGAUUUCCAAAAACUACAAUCAUAAAGAAAUCCAGCUUACCUUGUCACUUAUUGACAUGUGCAUGCAGAACUGUGGUCCAAGUUUCCAGUCUCUGAUUGUGAAGAAGGAAUUCGUUAAAGAUAGUCUGGUUAAGCUGCUGAACCCCAGAUACACCUUGCCCUUAGACAUUCAGAAUAGAAUCUUGAAUUUCAUUAAGACUUGGUCACAAGGUUUCCCAGGAGGUGUGGAUGUAAGUGAAGUGAAAGAAGUGUACCUUGACCUUCUUAAGAAAGGUGUUCAGUUUCCUCCCUCAGAUGCAGAGGCUGAAACAGCAAGACAAGAGACCGCUCACAUCUCGAACCCGCCAUCAUCUGUUCCAUCCGCACCAGUUCUUCCUACUGUGAUUGUUCCCAAGAGCUCUACUAUUACAUUGGUCCCAGAACAGAUUGGAAAGUUGCACAGUGAAUUGGAUAUGGCAAAAAUGAAUGUGAGAGUGAUGUCUGCCAUACUGAUGGAGAACAUUCCUGGGUCUGAAGACCGUGAAGACAUAGAGCUUCUGCAGAAGCUUUAUAAGACAUGUCGGGAGAUGCAGGAGAGGAUCAUGGACCUGCUUGUGGUGGUGGAGAAUGAAGACGUAACCAUUGAGCUAAUUCAAGUGAAUGAGGAUUUGAAUAAUGCCAUCCUUGGAUGUGAGAGAUUUACUCGGAACCAACAAAGGAUUUUGGAGCAAAACAGGAACCAGAGGGAAGAUGCCCAUACUACCAGUGAACCUUCUGCCCCAUCCUGUGAUCUCUUCGACCCAAGGCUCAGCCCUCCAAUGCCGACGGCCACUCUGGGAGAACUCAACACCGUGAAUGCUCAGCUUUCAGACUUAAAUUUCAGGUCUCCGAGUCCUGUUGUAACGAACAACUUGAAACCCAGUCUUCAUCCACAGGUGGAUUUGCUAGCCUGGGAAGAUACAGAAACACCCCUGUUUGCCCAAAGGACCGGCCAAAACAUCACCGCAAACCAUACAUAUGAGAGCUUUCCAGAAUAUUCAAAUUCAGUACUACUGCAGCCAGUUAAUGUGCAGAACGUUCCAGCAACACCAUCAAGCCAGAGACUGCCAUCCUUGCCCAUCAGUCAUCCAGCAAUGGCAGAGAAUGAUCUCCAACCACCCAAUUACUACGAGGUAAUGGAGUUUGAUCCCUUGGCUCCUGUUGUCACUACAGAAGCUGUUUAUGAAGAAAUUGAUGUUCAUCACCAGAAAGGAGCCCAAAGUCACAGUGACUGUUGAGGUUGUGAGUCUCUCGUUAUCCAGGAAUGGAGAAAGAGAAGGAAAGGCUGAAGGCCGGCUGUCUUCUUCUUACACUAGGUGGAAGUGGGUGACCAGCUCACUAACUGCAUUUAGAGGUGUCACCUCUCCUAUGCAGCUUGGAGGCCCAGAAGAC